UUGGUGGCUGGUUAGUCGCAGGCGUGCAACGGAGUUGGAGUGUGGCCAAAACGCGCAUGCGCAACGAAAUCGAGAGUGAAAAGUUGAAAAGUGCAUACGCUGCAAGUGCGAAGAAGCAAGUGAAAUUGAUGGAAAAUUGUGUGAGCGGAAGUGAAAAGUGUAGAAAAUCGUUUAUGCAACGGAAAAAGUGCAGUGACAUACAAUAACGUAAAAGGGUUAAAAAAAGUUGGCUGAAAGCAAAAAAGUGCCUAUAUAAUCGAGCGCUGAUCAUUGUAUUCAUUUGGUAACUUAGUGUUACAUAAAGUGCUGCAGCACACACACACACAAACACUCUCUUGAACGCUCUCUGCAAGAGCAGUCUGUGCAAGCCACCAAACUAACCGGCUGACCGAGUGCCACAGACGAAGCCACAAACAACAACACCACCACAGACUAGCUCAAGCUAAUCGACAAAGUGUUCAAUCGGCGUAUCGACUCGUGCGCGACUCAUAAACAAUCGACUCGGCGCGCUCUUCAUUCAAUCUCAUCACCGUCAAUAUGAAAUACCGUUGUAUUGUCGACUUUGUUGUUGUGGCCAUUGUUAUUGUGGCGGCUAGCGGUCUCUUUGUGUUCGUCAUUGCAGUGCAGAACGCCAGCACGCGGAUGGAGCGAAAGUUGGCGACGCAUGAAACCAAUUUGACACAAAUCGCAGAACAGUUAAUGUUAAUUGGCACAACAACAACAACAACAACAACACCAGUGAGAUCAAAACCAAUAACAGCAGAUGGCGACAUAACAGUGCCAACGACCGAGCAAGCAGGAAGUGAUGACGUUGUAACAAAUGCAAUAGCAAUAACAACAACAAAAACAACGCAUACGCAGACAGAGCGUGGCAUCACCGCGGCGUAUGAGCAACCUAGAAUUAGUUCAACGGGUGCAAUGAACGGCACAUUAGCUACAACAACAAUUGUAACCAGAGCAGCCGAGCGCACAGCGAGAUUGCCGGCAUAUAUAACAACAACAAUAAAUGCUGCAGUCGAACGCAGAAAAUCGACGCGACGAAUUACAAGGCUUAAAGCGAAACUUGUGCCAGCAGCAAUUGUGGCAGCACGCGCCGCUACCAACACUUUGGAGGAGUCAACCGCAUGGAAGACAUUAACAUCACAUCCCAAUUCGCUGGUGCAACUCUUUCCGUCACGUGCGAUGCGCGUCGUGCAAGAGGUGGUCCGUUCGUUGCGUAAGGACACAAAUGUUGUAAUCCAGACCUCGCUGGGUAAAAUUCGAGGACGCUUUCAGAAGUACAGAUCUGGCGAACGCGGCGGCUACUACAGUUUCAAGGGCAUACGCUAUGGCGAGGCACCCACAGGCGCUAGAAGAUUCCGCGCAGCUGAGCCUGAAAAGCCUUGGUUUGGAGUACGUGAUGCAUCACGUGAGGGCAACAGUUGUCCGCACAAGAAUAUGAUACUGGACACGUUCAAAGGCAACGAAGAUUGUCUGUUUCUGAAUGUGUUUACCACACGUCUACCACGAGAGGAUGAUGAACAACCACGGCCUGUUAUGGUCUGGCUGCAUGGCGGCGGCUACUCCUUCGGCUCUGGCAACACUUUCCUUUAUGGUCCAGACUAUUUGGUUGCAGAGGAUGUGGUUUUGGUCACACUCAACUAUCGCUUAGGUCCACUCGGCUUCUUGACUGCAGGUCCAGAUGCGCCAGGCAAUCAGGGCUUGAAGGACCAAAUACUUGCCUUGAAGUGGGUACGCGAACACAUUGCCGCUUUCGGCGGUGAUCCAAAGCAAGUGACAAUUUUCGGUGAAUCUGCUGGUGCCUCUUCCGUGCAAAUGCUGCUCCUCUCACCACUCGCCGAAGGUCUAUUCCACCGUGCGAUCUCACAAAGUGGUUCAGCGUUGAAUCCCUGGUCCAUGGCCGAUAGCUCGUCAGAACGCGCUUUCCGUUUAGCCGCCAAUCUGGGUUAUGUGGGUGCCAAUGACACGGAAGAGAUAUUGGAAUUUCUGCGACGCGUGCCCGCUAUGAAGCUAGUUGAGGCAGCGCCGACAACGCUUACAGUUGAGGACUCGCGCAACAAUAUCGGCUUGCCAUUUGUGCCGGUGGUCGAGGGUUAUUGGAAUACGGAGGAGGGAAGAGAAGUAUACUAUGAGGAUCCAUUCAUGACACAGCAUCCCAACGAAAUGUAUGAACAACACAAGUUCCACAGCAAUGUGCCGUACAUGACGGGCUAUAAUACACACGAAGCCAUGCUCUUCAUACGAAGACUACGUAAGAAUCCAAAAUUACUGGAGAUCAUCGAAAAUGACUUUUCGCGCAUGGUGCCACGUGACCUGAAUGUUACAGACGGACGUGAGCGCGUAACGCGCGACAUACGUCAAUUCUACUUGGGUAACAAGCAAGUGGGCAUUGAAUCCGUGGACGAAAUGAUUGCUCUCUUAACGGAUCUGAUGUUCCUGCAGGGCAUACGCAAGACCGCGCGCAACCACGCCAGAUACGGCAGCGCGCCUGUUUAUAUGUAUCGUUUCUCGUACGAUGGCGCGUUGGGCCUGUACAAGCGCAUGUUGGGCCUUACGCGUCCCGGUGUGUGUCAUGGCGAUGAAAUGGGUUACUUAUUCAAGUUCGGCUUCUUCAACUUGAGCUUGGAUCCCCGCUCGACCGAAGUGCUUGUAAAGAACCGCAUGGUGCGCAUGUGGACCAAUUUCGCUAAAUAUGGCAACCCAACGCCACAAAAUGUGGAUGACACAUUGUUGACCACAAACUGGACGCCCAUAAAUCCACAGACUGUGAUGGAAGACAUCAAUUACUUGGACAUUUCGGUUAAUCUGAAGAUGCGUAGUAAUCCGGAGUCAGAGCGACAACAAUUCUGGGAUUAUAUGUAUGAACACUUUAACGGUGCUGCCAUGUAGUCACAUAAAAUUCAUGUUAUUAUUUAUAAAUAACGGUGCACCGCUUUCUUUUCAACAUAUUUCGUUCAUAAUGCCAU